UAUCUUUUAAGUGGCAGCGUUCCAAUCAGCUGGAUCUUUUGCCGCCGCGCUCUCCUUGAAACGUUGUGAUGCAAUUUUGUUGUUUUCAGGCCUAAAAGUGAAAGUUUCCACUGAUAAGCAGCCGUGGAUUUAAAACCCCGCCUAGUAGCUGACCUCUGGAGACCCCUAUCCGUUUCAGUCGGACGAGAAAUCCAUCGUUUGUGUUACCAGAAGCAGUCGUUUAAGUCCCAUUCCAAAGGGCGGCCGCACAUGGAGCGCAGGGUCAAAGCCGCGCCAGAAACCAAGAAAGAUAUCGUUAGCCGAUGAGCGGGCAUCGAGGAGUAGGCGCAGAGGCCUAACCUCAAAGCACGAGCACAAUCCGCAAUCGGCACAUCAAAUUAUUCCAGAAAUCCUUUCCAUUCCCACUCCCAUAGGACUAUAAGAAUCCACCAAGGAGUUUACUCCGCCCCAGGAUGCAGCGCCUCAUGCCGGCAUCUUGGACAAGUGGCGGCAGUCUACUGCCCUUUCGCGUCUCCACCACCACAAAGGUUGUCCUCUUCUCCCUGACUGCUGGCGUGGCUCUGAUGAGUGUCCUCUCCCGCUUUUUGCGGCGUCGCAAGCCACCGCGACCGCCACGCCGAGCCAGGAAAUAUACGGGCAGGCGGAACCGCAACAGCAUGCGCAGUCCAAAUGACCUUAUCUCGAUAGCCGGAUCCAAGGCCUCGGCAAGAUCGGGCAGUCCCGUGGGCUCCACUUUGGCCUACUCGGACCGCCUAUCCAUGGCAUCUGGUUCGAUUGGCGUCGGUGUCAUGGGCGUACAGAAUGCUGGUCCUGGUGGUUCGGUAGUCACCCAACUGACAGCUCAACAGUUGGGAAUGAUGGGCAUGGAAGCGCUGGACACAGUGAUUAACUUUUGGGAAGAUGCCCUGGCGGCACACUAUUCGCCCGGUGGACUGCCCGCCUUGUUGACCACGGCGGAGGACUCGGAGUUCUGUCGCGAGAUCCAGAAUUUGCUGGAGAUGGCCUACACGCUGCAGGAGCAGAGUGAAUUGCUUUUCCUGGACCAACGAUCGGUGCUGUUCCGCGAGGAGCAUUCCAUUGACGAGGCCGAGGAGGAGGCAGGCGAGACGGACGACGAUCGGCGGUCGCGUAAGUCUGGCAGCGUCCUAAGUCGUGCUGGCUCCGAUCCAAACUUUGAUUCCGCGGAGAGUUUUGCCUCUGCAUUAGACCAGGUGGCGGAUUUGCGUGAGUUUGACGGCUUUAUCGAGACCUCGUACGAGGAAUAUCCGCUUUUCCAGACAGCCCUGAAGCACCAUGAUGAGUACACAGUGCCGUGUCGCACUAUUCGGGCAGAGCUAAUGCACUGCAGCACCGAUACCGAAUAUCUCGCCAAACUGCACUGCGUUCGGCUGGCGUUUCAGUUCCUGUUUAAGGAUCCAGCAGUUGGGCAGUGGAUCUGCGAUUCCGGCCGGCAGAUCCUUACCGAUCUACUUUGUCUAGGCGAUAAGGAUACCAAGGAGUUUCUUGUGGGCUACGAGGACAUGGUGAACUAUUUGCACGAUAGCAGCAACUGGCCGUGCAUCCAAAUGGAACUGGAGCAGCGAAAUGUCAAGGCGAUGACCUUUUACGACAUUUGUCUGGACUUUAUCAUCCUGGAUUCGUUUAAAGACCUUGAUGCCCCGCCCGCCAGUGUCACGGCUGUGGUGCAAAACCGCUGGCUAUCCAACGGUUUUAAGGAGACGGCUUUAACCACAGCCGUGUGGUCGGUGCUGAAGGCAAAGAAGCGGAUGCUUAAGUUUCCCAAUGGCUUCAUGUCGCACUUUUACGUGAUAUCCGAGCAGAUAUCACCGCUAAUGGCCUGGGGCUUCUUUGGACCCAACGAAAACCUACGCGAUAUCUGCCACUACUUCCGAGAGCAGCUGCUUGCCUUUCUGGGAGACAUCUUUAGCUUCCAGAAAAGCCGAUUUACCACCAUCGAAGAGUUCUCGCAAGAUGUGCUGCAGCAUAUGCAGACGCGCGUCAACAAUAUUGGCGUGAAAUUUAGCCAGUAAUUGGUCUUCACUUCAGCCUUCUCCUACAUACUUCUUGGACUCCUAUUUUUUAAUUUUUACAAAACCGUUUGAUUCGGUAGUUUCCCUAAGAAAUGCUCCACAAGUUGACUAAUUUUAAUGCCACAUACAUCCAACCACACGACACCAAAUCCACGCAUCGUCAUUGUAUGAUUAAGCUGCAUUUAAGUCGCCAAAACCAAACAAAAACAUUUGUAAAAUAAAACUGUUUACCGCCCGCUUCGAGCGAAAAUCCAACUGCUAUGCCUCCAAUUGCAUGGGAGAAGUGGGGCACUUCGCAUACCCUGUUACUAUAUAUAGUACAUACACUGACAUUAUUACGCACAAACGAAGGUACUUAAGUCAAGAAUUAAACAUGAAUUAGUUUAUUUAGAAAUAUUAAGAUUAUUAAAAGCAAUUGGCUGAGUUGUUAAAAUUUUGCUGAACUGUAGAAAAUUUACGUUGAUGAAAAAAGUUUGAAGCUUUAUAUUGAUCUUUUAAGGUUUAUGUGUAAAAAUACAUUUAUCCAAAACUUA